UCAACUUCCGGGUGAAAUGGAUGUGUGUCGUCGCUUGCCAAAGAACUGCGAGCCUGGUCCGACAUUUUCUGCUACAUAAAAACCUUUUAGCUUUGUGAUUCACUGCCCCUGUCAGCCGGAGUGAAUAUUACCACCGGGCGUCGCGAGCACGUGACCGUCACGUGAUGUAAAUAUAUCCUCACGCCUGGAGUGGACUUGUCUGAAAGAAAAGUCACAGAAUAUUUAUAAUAGGUUGCGGACAGGGGGCGGAUAUUGCCGACUUAGCCGAUGAUUCGAUUCUGGCGCCUAAUCCGAAAUCGACGUACGUUCAGCUCGACGAUGAAAGACAGAGGGGCGUUGGUCGUGUUUGAAGGGUGCGACAGGUGUGGCAAAACAACCCAGUGUAACCAACUGCUCCAGAAACUCACGGCAGAUGGAAUACCAGCGAAGCUGAUGAAAUUUCCUGACAGGACAACUGUCAUUGGUCAGAUGAUUAAUGAAUACCUACAGAAGAAGGCGGAGUUAGAUGACCAUGCUGUACAUCUGCUCUUCUCAGCUAACAGAUGGGAGCGUGUAAAAGACAUCUACCAGUUAUUGAGUGAAGGCACAACCUUGAUAGUUGACAGAUAUGCAUUUUCUGGUGUGGCAUUCACAGCGUCCAAAAAGGGGUUUUCCUUGGACUGGUGCAAGCAGCCAGAUGUUGGACUCCCCUGCCCAGACAAAGUGUUGUAUUUGACCUUAACCCCUGAAGCUGCUGGGAAGCGAGCUGGAUUUGGAGGGGAAAGAUAUGAGCAGAAGGACUUUCAGAAAAGGGUUGCUGAAAACUUUGAAAAGUUGCAAGAUGAAAAUUGGCAGAGGAUUGAUGCUGACAGGAGUAUAGAGGAUCUCCACUGUGAACUGUAUGCCAUUGUGAAGCAAACCAUUCAAGAGGCAAGGAAUAAGACAAUCGAAAAAUUGUGGGUUGAAACAUAGUGCAACCCAAGAUUCAUGUCAACUACUGGCAUAAUGACUGUCACAUCCCACCACCCCACUUAUCAUCAGUAUAACAUUUGAUGCUGCAGACAAAUGUUUGAAUGUCACAUACUUGAGAAAACACAUAUUAAAAGUAAAUGUUA